AUGAUUUUAAAUGAACUGCGGCCUGGUCUGAAGUAUGAUUUUGUCUCAGAAAGUGGGGAAAGUCAUGCCAAGAACUUUGUCAUGUCAGUCACAGUGGACAGUCAGACAUUUGAGGGCUCUGGAAGAAACAAGAAGCUGGCUAAAGCACGGGCUGCUCAGUCAGCUCUGGCAUCACUCUUUAACAUGCAGCUGGAUCAGACCCCCUCCCAACAGCCUAUUCCAAGUGAAGGACUUCAAGUUCUGGCUGAUGCUGUUUCACGUUUGGUUGUAGAUAAAUUCAGUGAACUAACAGAUAACUUCACAUCCCCGCAUGCACGGCGGAAAGUCUUGGCUGGCGUAGUCAUGACAACAGGAACGGAUGUGAAGGAUGCCCAGGUCAUCAGUGUUUCUACUGAAGGAACAAAAUGUAUUAAUGGAGAGUACAUGAGUGAUCGUGGUCUUGCGUUAAAUGACUGUCAUGCUGAAAUCAUAGCACGCAGGUCACUACUUAGAUUUCUUUAUACACAGCUAGAGUUCUUCCUAAGUAGCACUAGAGAAGAUCAUCCGAAGUCCAUUUUUAUGAAAUCUGAGCGUGGUGGAUUUAGACUAAAAGACAAUGUGCAGUUUCACCUGUAUAUCAGCACAUCGCCAUGUGGAGAUGCUCGUAUAUUUUCACCCCACGAGGCUGGACAGGAAGACCAGGGUGAUCGUCAUCCAAACCGAAAAGCCCGAGGACAGCUUCGAACCAAGAUAGAGUCUGGAGAAGGUACUAUUCCAGUGAGGUCCAGCAGUACCAUCCAAACCUGGGACGGUGUUUUGCAAGGAGAGAGGCUACUAACAAUGUCUUGCAGUGACAAGAUUGCAAGGUGGAAUGUUGCAGGCAUUCAAGGAUCCCUGUUCAGUCUGUUUGUAGAGCCAAUUUACUUCUCCAGCAUUAUCCUGGGCAGCCUGUAUCAUGGGGAUCAUCUCUCAAGAGCCGUGUACCAGAGGAUAGCCGAUAUAGAAGACUUACCAUCAUUUUAUAGCCUCAACAAACCAUUACUGAGUGGUAUUAGCAAUGCUGAAGCCCGCCAGCCAGGAAAAGCUCCAAGUUUUAGUGUGAACUGGACAGUGGGAGAUACUGGUCUUGAAGUAAUUAAUGCUACUACUGGCAAGGAUGAGAUGGGUCGAGCAUCUCGUUUGUGUAAACAUGCUCUGUACAGUCGGUGGAUGCGUCUUUAUGCAAAGCUUUCUUCCAACUUGAGAACAAAGAUUGGAAAACCGAACUUGUAUUAUGACACCAAGCAGUCGGCCUCAGAAUACCAAGCAGCAAAAGAAUGCGUUUUCAAAGCCUUUCAAAAGGCUGGACUGGGAGCCUGGGUCAAGAAGCCUAUAGAACAAGACCAGUUUCCUCUUACUGUUUAA